UUGGACCAUCCAACAUAUAUUUAUAUUUGUCACGGGCAAAACCAUAAUAGUAGUCCUAAAAUUACUACACACAAGUAUAACUUAGCUUAUUAUUAGCCUCUUACUCUCUUAGAGGGUGAACAAGUUUUGAACUCCGAUUUCAAUACAAUAAUAGUUAAUAAUGAUGAUGGAAAUGGAAGAAGAAGAAGAAGAAGAAUAUGGUAGCAACUACUAUGUUCAAAGUCCAUCCUCAGUCUCUCAUCAUCGUCGUGCUAGCAGCACUACGACGACUUGUACUGAGUCUGGCCGUAAUCCUCAACUCUUAUUACUUCCUUCUUAUAACGAAGAAGAUGAUCAAGAUCAGUGUUAUCCAACCAAACCACUUCUCAACCAAGACCAUAAUGCAUCAUCAUCUGUAGUGGCUAUAGCGGCUAGGACCAGCACUACCUUCAGUGGCAAUCUGUCUCGUUGCUCGUCUUCACGAGCUUCAACCACUUCUUUCAUCCACCAGAAUGACAUGAUGAGGAUGACUAAUGUACUACCUUCUGAUCAUGUAAAUGGAAAGACGACGAAUAUUAUUAUUAAUAAUAAUGAUAUGCUUGUGCCUGUGAUGAGUAUUAAGAAAAUAGGAAAACUUGAUGAUGAAGAGGAAUUGUAUAAUUUUGGCAAUGAUGAAGGAAAGUGUUGGAAGUAUUUCUCCUUCAACACAUAUCCUUCUUAUGUUUGGAUUGGGUUGCAACUUUUAUGGAGGUUCUUGCUUAGUGCAAUGCUUGCCUUGCUUGUUUUCUACCUCGUAACCAAGCCUCCUCCUCCCCACAUUUCUGUCAAGGUGAUAGGAGUGAACCAGUUUGAGCUAACGGAGGGAGUUGAUGUAACUGGAGUAGCCACAAACUUUUUGAGUUGCAACCUUUCAAUGGCGCUUAUAAUUGACAACAGAUCUAAAGUUUUCGGACUCCAUAUCUUGCCUCCAAUCGUCGAUGUUUACUUUGGUCGUGUACCAUUCGUCAUGUCUCAAGGGGCAAACAUGUACGUUCGGAGCCAAGAAUGGAGGGAAAUGUCGGUAUCGGCGGGGACAACGAAGAAGGCAAUGUACGGAGGUGGAAGAAACAUGGAAGACAUGCUAAACUCACAAACAGGACUCCCUUUGUUUGUCACUCUCAAAUUCAGUUCUUAUAUUAGAGUGGUUGAAAACUUGAUUCAGUCCCACUUCCAUCAUCAAGCUCACUGUUUAUUGCUUCUGCGUAAUUCGAAUGAUCAAAAACAUCGCACUUCUCUCACUCACUCUGUAAACACCACUUGCAACCUUCUCACUUCCUAAUUUUAUUUUUAUGUUUAUUUACGUAAAAUUGCAUGCAAUUACAAUAGAUGUCGACAUUAUUAAGGUUAUGAACUUUAUGUGCCAAAAAUGUAAUCUCAACUCGCCAAAAUAUGAUCAAUGCAUGGGAAGUAGUACAUUAUAUAUUCUCUAUUAUAAUGUUGUGUUUUUGUGUA